AUGAGUUUGAAUCCAAAUCGUCGAAAAUCUAAGUACGCCGAUGAUGAUCCAGAGAUGAAUGUAUAUAAUACCAAAAAAGUACACGUUGGAAGUACUUUGGGGCGUUCUAAUUUAACUGCUCCAAGAUUAUUUGAACCAUCUGAUAUAGUUUCAGCAGCAAAAAAUUUUGAUACGUCAACAUCACGAUCACAACAAACUAAUAAAUUAGCGACACUUCAAAAUCCAGCACUCUUAGCUUUUAGAAAUAGAGCUGCAAGAAAUCAAAAUCGCGAAGUAACAUCAACAGUACAAUUAAGCACUAAAAUGCCUCCUCAACACAACGCAUCGCUUCUAUUUCCUAAGCCUAAAACGCUUAAAAUCCCAACAUCAACAACACUUGAAGAACUUCGAGCGAUAGAAAAGGCAGAGAAAGAAUCAUUGGAAUUCGAAGAUGAUCCAAUAGCCUAUUUCAGUAAGAGAAAAGAUGGUAGAGGUCAUCGUUUCAUCUACAUGAUCCCUACAACACAACCAAAUUCGCCAGACUACGAUCCAUAUACACUACAAAAGGUGCCUGCAAUUCCUGAAGAAGUAACAAGCUAUUUUACGAUGUCAGCAUCAGGAAUUACACAUGUUCAAAAGAAUGGUGAUACAGAUAACGUAACGUUAGAUCAAUGGUCAUUCGAAACAUCAAUAUUCGGUGUUGUUAAGAAAAUACGAUUCUUUUCUACUUAUUUCUAUUGGAAACCAUUUUUAAUUUGGAAAAAUUUCAUGAUGUCACAUAGAUUCGACCACAAAUCACAAGCCAUUAGACAACAUCCAUUCUUCUACGAGCCACAAUUCUUCAGCGUCGAAACAGCUCUUUAUAUGAUGAGAAAUCAAGCAGAAAUUAUGGUCAACCAAAAUCUUUUAUGUUUUGUUCAAUCUCGUAAAUACUCAAUUGCAGAAUUCGAAGAAAUUAUGAAGAAAAACCUCGAUCAACUUAACAAUGAUUAUGCAAACUAUAUUAACGUGAUAAUUGAAAAAAUACUCGACCUAUACAGGAAUAUAUCUGAUCCUCUCAACGUCCAGGUUGAUGAUAACGAGUUUACUGAUAUCCACAACAGAAAUCCAAAUCUUGAUAAGCUAAAACUUCUCGAAAAGAAGAAAGCAAGGCUUAGAUUGGAGAGAACAGUUAAAGUUAAUAACGAAAUCGUCAAACUUUCCUCAUUUAUUCGUGUUAUUGAUUAUAUUCAUAUGGAAACUUUGACAAAAGCAUGUAUAGAAGCUUUCAAAGAAGCCAAUGAGAAUGUAUCUAAUGUUCAUGCUGCUAUUUUCCAAGUAGAUGUUUAUUUUGGAGAAAAUGGAACUGUAUCUCUAAAACCAACACUUGAAUCUUUACUUAAGACUGUAACAACAAGUCUACAAGAUGCUGAAAAGACUCUCAACAGUCUUCCGCGUUUAAUUUCUUCUAAUAAAUUAAUUCCAUUUAUUAGAGAAGGCGGUUUUGACAUUUCUAAGUUCUACGAGCAUGGAUGCACUCUUUCACAGAUAUUAAGUGGUGUAGCAUCUCUCGAACCCAUUGAGAAACACAUUAUUGAAGUAUUGACUGAAUCUUACAGGCAAGCGAUCACUUCCUCGCAGAACUUCACCGACUAUUAUCCUAUCUACAAGCUCGGAAAGGAGUGGAACCCAAGAAAAUACUUAAUUACGAGGAAAGGUGAGCCAUACACCGGACCAAUCUCGGCUUUAGAGAGAUUGGAUAACGAAGACAAGUUCUUGAUCAAUAAUGAAGAUGAACCUGUUGUAGAUCUCAAAUUAGUAGCGAAUGAUAUAAAUUAUUUCAAAGCACAAUCAGCUUUGAUUGCUACAAUGAGGACAGGUUUAGUCAAACUUGCUUUAUAUGUUGAUUCCAAGGAGUUAAAGAAGGAAUUAGAACCAAUUCCUGAAAAAGCUUUGUCAGAUUUGUUGAAACUCCUCAAAGACUUGUCACAAAUGAAGAUUGACAUGAUUAUCAAUGCCAUUGGAUUCUACAACAGAGAAAUGAAAAGUGAUCCUCAUACAUUAGAACAAUUUGUUGAUUAUUGUCUGACUUUGACAAGAUCAUUAAGUGUCAUGGACCAAAUACAAACAGAAAUAACAUUUGUUGAUAGUCUUUACGACCUCUUUGACACGUUUGGAGUAGAACAUGACAGAAAUCCACUUCCUGCCGCAUUUGCAAGCUUCAAGAUCGAUGAGAAUGGAAGAAACCUUGUCAAAGAGAAUGUUAAAGAUCCAUUUGUUAAGCAGUUGAAAGAAAAUGUCCAUAAACUUGAAAAAAUUAUUGGUCAUUUGUUCGAAAAAGCAACAACCAUUCCAAUCGCCCUCAAAGAUGUUGAUAUUGAAUCCAAGCUUGAAGAAUCCCACAAACUCAAAGCACAAGUCGUUGACAUGGAACCUCAAAUUAAAAUGUUGGUCGGAUAUCAAGAAGCGAUCAACGUACAGCUCAACGAUUUCAGUGCAUACAAGAAUGUGCUUGCUGCCACUGAAUUUACCAUUAGUUUAUAUCAAAUCGCUAAAGAUUGGACGAAUUUAUCCGAAAUCAUCACAAAAACACACUUUUCGAAUAUAAAUAUUGAGAAAUUCAGAACCGCCGUUCUCAAUCUCCAAUCUACAGCGAAAUAUCUCCAAGAAAAUUCCAGAGGAAAUUAUCCAUUACUUUUAGAACUUUCUGGCAAGAUCCAAGACGUUUUAAGAUACAUAGACGAAGUAGAACACUUGUCUACAGGCAACAUGCAGGCCAGGCAUUGGAAUGCUCUCUUCGACGAAUGCGGAAAAGGAAAUGCUUAUCGUCCUGACAUCACUUUGGGUGAACUCAUUUCCUUGGGAAUCCUGGACAACUACGACAGGAUCAAACGCAUCACGGAGACAUCGCGUGGAGAGAGCGACUUGGAGAAUCGUUUCCAGUCGAUCAACAGCUAUUGGUCGAAAGUUCAAUUGCCUUUGGUUGAAACACAAUCAAAGAAUGAUGAUAAUGUCUUAAUUGCCGAUGUUUCAGGACUAAUCACUGAAAUUAAUGAUGCAAUUAUAACACUACAGAAGAUGUUGAUGCUUCCUUACGUUGGUGGUGUAAGAGAACAAGUUCAAACACUAUCAGUGAAUCUCGAAAACAUUGUUAAUAUAUUGGAACAAUGGGUUAGAUUCCAAAACAACUGGGUUUUGCUGUUGAAUUUGUUCGCAUCUGAAGAAGCAAGAGCAAUUCUUCCUCAUCAAGCAAACAGAUUCGCUUCUGUACAGAGGAAAUGGGUAUCAAUGGCAAGACACACUUCAAAGGAUUCGAGAUUAUUCGCUGUUGCAUCUUUCCCGUCACUUUUGGAGACAUUAAAAGAAAACAACCAAGCAAUUGAGAGUAUAUUAAUUGCUUUAGGUAAAUUCCUUGAUAGUAAAAGGAAUGCUUUCCCAAGAUUGUUCUUCCUUUCGAACAAAGAUGUCUUGACAUUGGUUUCUACAAAUUCUUAUUCAGAUUUUUGCGACGCGAUGACGAAAUUGUUCAUGAACGUGAUAAAUAUCAUUGUUCCUCAUGGAGAAUCAGAUGAUAUCGGACAAGGAGGAUACACAAGAGGACAGCCAAAGAUAAGAAUCAAUGGUUUGUUGAAUUCUGACUCCGAUGAAUUUGUUUUUCCUCAUCAAAUCACUUGCAGUGGACAAAUCGAAACUUGGCUUCCUCAAGUCAUGGAUGCGAUGAAGAAAUCAGUUAUAACAGGUAUUUCUCAUGCAUUGGAAAGCCUUCCUUCUUUACCUUUCUUUAAUUGGGUUCUUUCUUUCACAUCCUACACAACUGUACAAGCAUUGCAUGUUUACAUUUGUCAAAGAAUUGAUAAUUGUUUCAGUAAAAUUGACGAUGAUCCAAAAGUUUUCCAAGUUUUGGAGUCAGAAAUUGUUGACAAAAUCAAAGAAUUAUCUGCUUCUUUAUUAAGUGAAGUUGUUCCUUUGAACUACAGAAAGAUUUCCAUUGCCAUUUCUGUCUUACAAUCAUUCAAACUCACUGUAUCAUAUUUAGGAGAAAAACUUCCAAAUACAAGUCAUUUAUUGAACUGGAAUCAGUUUGUUCACUUGAAUUUCAAUCAGAACAAUUCCCAAUUCACAGUUCAAAUCGACAGAACAACUUACGAACAUGGUUUGGAAUACUGGGGAUCAGUUAGAGAAUACAUACAAUCCGCAACAUUUUCAACAGCAAUGAGAACAAUCACUGCGAAUAUGGUGAACAAAGAAAUCAAUGUAAUAAUUGGAAGCAGCGGAUCAGGAAAGACAAGUUUGAUUAGACAGUUGGCAAUGCAAUUUGGUAAAUUCUUGUUUACUCAAAGACAAUUCCCUGAUCUCAAUGAAUUCUUCUACAGCAGAAUAUUGAUUGGUGCUGCAUCAAGUGGUUCUUGGUUACAUAUAACUGAUGCUGAUACUUUAUCACAUAUAAACUCAAGUUAUUUGUUCGAUAACUUAAGGAGUUUGAUAUCAGCACAACAAGCAGGAAAUCCAAGAAUUACUAUCUCGUCAAGAUUGGUCGAUCUCGAUAAGAAUACAAGAGUUUUCUUAUCAGCAGAUCCCAAUUUCACUGACAAUGAAAAAGUUCCUGCGCAAUUAAAAGCAUUGUGCAGAGUUGUUGCAUUAAGAAAACCAUCUUAUACAACAUUGGCUGAGAUAAGAUUGUCCGCUCUUGGUGUAUUAGUUCCUAAAGAUAUUGCUGCUUCACUGUGUUCAUUCAUUUUGUUGGCAACAACGAUGUUCAAGGAAAGAUUAGUUCAGCAAUCGAUUCAACCACAUUUGUUUGCAAUUUUCGAUGAAAUUGAAUCGAGAAAAUCUGUUGAAUUCCAUUCAAAUCAAGUUCUCUUUGUUGCAAGUUAUUCUUAUUAUCAUUUCGAAGAUCUACUUGAUAAGAGUGAGAAGAAGAUAUUGGCUGAUCUCCUCUUCAGUUCAUUUAAACUUGGAGACAACACAGAAGAAAUGUUGCAGAUGAUCAAAGAUUUGAUGAAAUCGGAUGUUGAAAAGAAAUUCAGAGAAGUUGCAAUGGAAGAAGUGAAGAAGUUUGGAGACAAAGUUCCAUCGGAAUACAUGAUAGACCAAGCAUGGAACUUAUACAACAUGUUCUGCUCCUUCAAUUGCGUUGUCAUUGCUGGACCUCCUCAUUCAGGAAAAACAACAUUGUUAAAUCUUUAUUUGCAGAUAAUGAACAACGAAAAAAUGCAGACAAAAACAAAACUUCCUUACAUUUCUGCAACUUGUUAUUACGGUGCGGAUAAAUGGAAGAGAAUAUUUGGUACAAUUGUCAACGAUUUAACAUUAGGACAGAUGUGGAAUUACGGACAAUUGCACAAUACUCUCUACAGAUUACAUUCGAAGAAAGAUGCUGUCAAAAUUUUGAAAUUUGACGGAAAUUUGACAGAUGAAUUUGCCCAAUAUAUUACACAAUUUAUUGGACCAUGUGAUAACAAGAUGACACAAAUGGAUUCGUUGGAAGGAUACAGAUUAUCCAACAAAUUCAAAGUUGUUGUUGAAACUGAUUCUCUUAAGAAUUUAUCUCCAUCUUUAUUAUCAAAGACGAGAUUAUUAAUAAUGAGAAAUCAGCAAUCGGAUGCAUCGAUCAAUCUUAAAUCUCCUGUUUGCCAUAUACUACAUCCAACACUUCCUUUCACACGUGCUUUGGAAAUGACAAAGAUGAAAUUAUCAGAAACAGAAAUUCAAUCAUUAAGAUCUGCUUUUUGCGAAGUUGCUCCGAAAUUCAUCGAAAAGAUUUCACAUACAAAGAACUUCGCCUACUACAUGGAAAGCGACAGCAACAUGGAGAACGGUGAUAUCAUUAUAACAGACGUAGUUCCUCAAAACGCUGCUGCUAUUUUGUUCCAAAUGGUUGAUAAAUCUAAAAUUGAUACAAAUGAAGUUUCUCAAGUCACUCAAUUGACUGCCAUUGCAUUCUUCAAUGCAUAUUCUGGUAUUAUCCACACAUCAAUGUUAUCACACAUGGAUUCAUGGACUCGCCAGACAUUUAACAUUGAUUGUCCAAUUGAUUGGUCUACAUUUGAAAUUCCUGAUGAUUUCAUGAAGAUUUUCCCGAAGCCAUCAUUGCAAUCCAUGAGAUACUACAAAGGAAAACUCAUCCAAAUGGACACAGAGAUUCUCAACAACCCUCCAAUGAUUGUCAACAGAUACGACAAAACAUCAUUGCAAUCAACAGAUGCUGUUAUUGUUACAAACUCUCAAUCAUUGCCACAAUUAUACACAGCAUCUUGUUUGGUUGCAAAUGGUGAUCAUAUGAUGAUUAUUGGUGAUCCUGCAAGUGGUAAAAGUUCUUUUGUUCAAAUGUUAUAUCGUGAUGAUGAUAAUAACAUUGUUGUUCCUGUUCCUCAUUCAACAUUGGAUCAAGAAUCAUUUAUUAAGUUUAUUUCUUCGCAUACUUACGCAAUUGCUCCUUUAACACAUACUGUAAAUAACCAGAAAAGAUAUAUUUUGUUGUUCGAAGAUGUUGAUGAUUACGAACCACAUGUUUUAGAGUUAAUUCGUGUUUUGAUACAAGACCAGAAAUUGGAUAAUUUCUCACCAAGUGAUUUGAAGAUUUAUGAAAACAUUCCUGUAAAGAAUUUCACAAUUGUCUGUACAGUGACGAAUCCAAGGAAAUUACCAAUCAGAUUCAUUUCUUUGUUCGCACAAGUCCAAAUGACUCCAAUUCUUCCUGCAACAGCUGAAGAAAUUGCAAGAAAAGCUUUGAAUUUCGUUGGUUAUGCUGAUUCUAUGGCAAGAAGUUUAGUACAUCUUGCAACAAUCACUAUUUCCACGAACAGAGUUAAAACAGUUGCAGGAGAUUUGAUGCAGAUAUUAGCACCAUUUUGGAUGCUAGAAGAUAAAGCUGAUCCUGAACAACUAGGAAAUCUUUUAGUUACACAAAUCAUUGAUACUGUUUUCAAUGAUUAUUCAACAGAAGAAUUACAAACAGAACUUGGAGAAAUCAACUCAAAAGACUUGAAAUUCCCCAACCUCCAGGAAAUAAUCAAUGGAACACAUAUAUCUUCAAUAGAAACUAAAAGAUUCGAUGGAAAGAAGCCUCCAAUUGUUAGUUUCAACAUAACAAAAAUUGAAGAAAACAUGAAAGAAUUGAUGUUCCAUUUAUCUGUUUUCAAUUCAAGUUCAACACAAAAGAUUUAUAUCCAAUUCACAGCGAAUGUUAUUAGAUCAUAUCAAUUGAUACAUAACAUUCUUGCUUUGCCUGGAUCGAACUUGAUUUUGAAGGGACAACACGCAUCAGGAAGAUUUUUGUUAUCAAGAAUUGCAGCGAAUAAUUUGGAAUGCGAUUUCGUGAUGCUCGGAACACAAACAGCGGAAGAAGAACUUGAUGUUGAAGAGCAAACGAAAUCAUAUGUACAGUUAAUGCAUGAUAUAAUAACAAAUGCUGUUUUAUAUCAUAAAGUUACUGUUGUUUUCGCAAGAUACAAACAAACGAAUGAAGAACAAAUCAGACAAACAAUGAUGUUGGCAACACAAGGAGAUUUCUAUAACUUCUUCAAUGAAGAAGGCAUCGACAAUCUCUAUACAAGAGUCAAUGGAUCAAAGCCUGCAACUCCAGGAGAAAAAUGUGUUUUGUACUGGAGAAUUAAAAAGAUUGUUCGCGCAAAUGUUCACAUGAUUAUUUCAUGUGAAGAAGAUGUUCCUUACGCCAACCAUGGAUUCAGUCAUUUGAACAUUUCCCCUCCAGGAGACAACUUCUUCAAGAGUUUGGCAACUGAUUUGUUGAAUAUAGACCAAAUCAAAGAAGUCGUUGGAAAUAACAUUAAUGCUUUGGCAGAAAUCAUUCCUUCAUUUGAAUCAAUUGCCAAACAAAACAUGUCUUAUUACCACCCGAAUUCUUUCUAUGAAUUCAUCCAUUUGUUAGCGAAUACAAUCACAGAAGAUGUCAACAACGCAAGGUUGCAAAGCCAAGCAAUGCAAGCAAGUAUCGAAGCAUGUAAAAUACUUGAAAAAGACUUGGAAGAAACAUCAAAGAAGAUAACAGAAAUGGAGCCAAGUGUUGUAACAACGAAUUACAAUGCAGAUACAGCCCAACAAGCUUAUACAACAAGAAAAGAUGCAAUUGACGCAAGAAAAGCUAAACUUGAAGAAGAAUUCAAGACAAAGACUCAAUCAGUUAAAAAGAACCAAGAAAGAGUACAAGGAAAGAAGAGUGAAUAUGACUUAACUUAUCCAAGAAUUGAAUCAAACAGAAAAGUCAUUGAAAGUUUGACAGAAAAUGAUAUAGAAACAAUCAGAAUUUCAGCAGCUGACCCCAUUCCUCCUCUUAAACUCUUGUUAGAGAUUGUCUGCAUCAUUGCUGAUAUGGAGCUAGAUUACGAAACAAAUGGAAAGCCUCUUUUGAUGCACGGAACAUUCGUUGCGAAAUUACUUGAAAAUAUUUCUCCUUCUGAUGGAAUUCCUGAAGAAAAACUCGCUAAAAUCGAUGCAUAUUUCGAGAACCCUGAGUUUUCUUUAAGAGAUCUGGAGUCUGUCAGUCCUGUUUUGAGAAUCAUCUGUGAUUGGAUCGAUUGCAUCAGAAGAUCAACAUAUUUAUCGAAACAAUUGGCAGAAGACACAGCAAAACUCGAACAGGAAGAAAACGAACUGAAAACAAUGACAGAAGAGAUGAAACUCGAAGGACAGAGCAUCAAACAAGUAGAAGAACAAUUGGUUGAAGAGCUCCAGAACUUGAACAAACUCAAGGAAGAAAGAGAAGUUCUGAAAGAAGCCUUCAAGAAGAUCGAAAUUCGAAAAGAAAAACUUUCGAAGUUCAUGGAAAACUCGAAUACUUUAAUCGAAAGAUGGAAGCAGCACGUAAUGAACGAAGAAAACAUUGUUAGUGAAACAAUUGGAGAUUCCAUUUUAGCAUCAUUUUACACUGUUUUCUGUGGAGCGAUGGAUGUAACUGUUCGACAAACAUUGAUGAAGAAAGUUGCUGAUGAAAUCAAAAAGAACAAAAUCAUGAUGUCAGAAAAUGAUCCAAUGCGAUUAAUCUCUCGAAGAUUUACUUUAUCAAGAGGACAAGACGUAAUCAAGAGAGUCACGACAUUCAUGAUUCCUGCUUUAGUUGAUGUUGUCCAUUUAUUAUCAACAGAUAGAACUCCUUUGUUAAUUGAUCCUGAUCAUAUUGUUUAUCAUCUUUUGACUGUUGUUUUGAAGCCAAAGAGAUUCGUUGUUAUGUCACAGAACUGUCUUGGUUUAGAAUCCAUUUUGGCACAAGCUGUUUGUGAUGGAAAAACAGUCAUUUUGUUAGACGCUGAUUAUUUGAAUCCAAUUGUUGAACCAUUACUUCAAUUAGGCCAAGUUUUCUUGGAUACUUCCGCUUCAAGAGAUAUCAAAGUUGGUUCUAAAAUGGCAACAUUCGAUCCUAGAUUCAGAUUGAUAUUAGUUUCAACUGUUUCUAGUGUUUCUAAUUUACCAGAAGAUCUUUUAUCUCGUGUCAAUUUAGUCAACGUUACUUCUUCUUCUGUUGAUUCGGUUUAUCAGUCUUUGACAUCUGUUUUCGUGGAAUUCUUCGCUCCUGAUGUUAUCCCUAUUUGGAAUGAGAAGAACAAGAACUACAUCGAACACGAAAUCAAAAUCAAAGACCAUGAAAACGACAUCAUCGAGAUUUUGUCAGAAUUUUACAGAAAUCUUCAAGAUGAUGAAAGUUACGAUCCUUUGUCCGAUGAAUCGACAUUUGAUGACUUAGUUGCUUCUAAAGAGACUUUAAUUGAGCUUCUCAAGGUCGAUGUCGAGAAUACUAAAGCAGAAGAAGAGAUUACGAACGCUGCAGCUCCAUUUAAACAACUUAUUGACAUGUGCAGCACAUUUUGGAAUGUUAUGACUCGUUAUUUACCAAGAGUUACAUCAAUGGCCCAAUUCUCAUUUGAUGGGUACAUGAAGAAUAUUAGGCAAGUUUUCGUUAACGAAAGUUUGCAUUCAGGAACAUUAACAGCUGAUCAAAACACAUCUCUUUAUAAUUCUUUGGUGCAAAUGACUGUUCAAUUUGUUUUCUCAUCAAUGCCAUUGAAAGAAUGUACUUUGUUCUUGUUCAUUUCAGGUUUCUUGAUGAGAAUCAAUGAAGGAAAAGCAAAGAAGAAAGAUUUGGAUGCCAUUCUUAAACACUUCCAGGAAGAAGUUGAUAAUACAAUUGAUACUUCUAAUAUAGAUCCAGGAAACACUGAUUUAAUAGAACACAUGAAAUUCACAAAUGUUACAAAUGUUUUCUAUUUCAUCAAUGCUUUCGUUGAAGAAGUUUUCCCUGAUUAUUUAUCCUAUAUCACUCAUUUCCAAGUUGAUUCCAUUAUAUCACAAGUUUCAACGAUUCCUUCUGUUGUCUAUGCACCUGCUUGUGUUGAUCCAACAUUAAUGUUGCAUCAAUUCAUUUCCUUGAGAUCGAGAAAUGAAGCAUUUGACAGUUAUUCAUUGUCAGAUGAUCCUGAUUUGAUCAAGAACACAAGGAAAUCACUGCAGAUGUCAAUAACAAGAGGUACAUUAGUUUUGUUACAUUACUCGAAACCUUCAAGAGUUGUUUCCAACAUGUUAGUUGAUAUUUACAACCAAAUGUCAACAACAUCAGUUAAUACGAACUUCAGAUUGGUUUUGUUGUGUUCUACAUUGGAUAAACUUUCUCCUACGAUGCUCAGAAGAUCGAAGAGAGUUAAUGUUGAAUCUUAUCCAUCUGUUAAACACACAAUGCUGCAGUUCUUCCAUCACAAUGGCGCAAAUGUCCGUGCAACAACUUCUCAAUCCGCAAUCAAGAAACUUUCUUAUGCAUCAGCUUUGUUGAUGUCUUUGAUGAACUUUAGAUCAUCAAUCAGCCCGAUUGGAUUGAAUACAAAGGACAGAUGCAAUGACACCAUGUUUAAAGACAUCAUUGAAUGGUUCAGGGUUGUUAUUGAGAAGAAUCCAAAUGAUAUUCCAAUUAGAAAUAUCAGAAACCAAAUGAUUGAUUUCAUUUUCGCGAAUGUUUAUGAUGAAUUCGAUUUAAUGAGAUUAAGAGAUCACGCGAACCAAAUCUUUGUUCCUGAAACAUUCAAUGAUGGUUUCACAAUUGCAAGAAACGCAAAAGACUGUGACAAUUGGGAAAUCAUCAGCGACGUUCCUCUCCAAGAAUUUCCAAACCACAUCAAGAAACUUCCAAUUAGACCUGACCCAGAAGUCCUCAAAAUGGAUGCAGAUACUUCAACACCUUUGAUGAACUGGAACUAUUCGAGAUGGGUUAUGUCCGUGUUUGUUCAAAUUGCUCCUUCACAAAGCGCAAUUGCUGCAAGCAGUGGAUUGACGAAACUUGAAUCCUUCCAGAUGUUAAUCCCUGAAAGUAUUCCUUUGGGAGAAAUGUCCAAUUACGAAUCGAUAAAAGGUCGUUUGUUGCUGAACGAAAUUUUAUCGGUAAAUGAAAUGAUUUCUUUCAUGAAACUCAAGGUCCAAGAUGCUCUUGAUUUAGCGAAAUCUCACGGAGUUGGUGCCUGCAAGGCAGCUCUUGAUUUCGCACGUGGAAUGUUACCAGAAGAAUGGCGACAUGAAGCUCAUAUUCCGACAUUUGCUCACACGAACAAAUUCAUUUCGGAUUUGAUUGAAAGGCACGCAUACAUUUUGAAAUGGUACAAAGAAGGUUUGCCACAAGAAAUCGAUGUAUCAAAGAUAAACGACUUGAAAUCCUUGUUGAAUUGCUUCUUAAUGGAAGGUGUCGAUGCAAAAGGAAUGUCUCUUUCUUCGGCACAACUCAAUUUCACUCUUGUUGAUGAUAAAUAUCAGCCAAACAAAAACGAAAUUGUUCUCAGAAAACUGUGGAUGAUUAACGGAGGAAUUAAAGGAAAUACAUUGAGUGUUUCGAAUAAAGAUACUCAUAAGACAUUCCUUUUGGUUCCUGGUUUGUGCGUUUCUGUUGAAAGGAAAGUUCCAGAAAACGAAAAGAACUAUAAUUGUCCGAUUUAUAAACAAGCUUUGAUUCCUGAAUUGAAUUCGGAAUUCAGCGGAGAAAUUACUUUCGAAGCUGAGUCAACGAAUUUGAUUUGGUGCACAAACUUGCCAACAGACAGGCCGCCAAGAGAAUGGCUUUUCGCUGGUACGUCAAUGGUUACAAAAGUUCCAGAACAAUUCAUUUAA